UGGCUGUUCUCUCAGCAAGUGUUUGGUAUUGUGUGUUAAUGUCUAUUAAUUUAUUUAUCCAGAAAAUGUAAAAUAAUAAAAUAGCAUAAAUUAAGCACUUAACAAAGGAGUUGAAUUAGAUACCGUUUGAACUGGAGCAUAGUUAGCAUGUUAGCAAGCGUAGCAACAUCACAAACCGACAAGAAAACUUUACAUAGGGUUUACAUACGCUCUUCCGUUAAAGAUAUGCUUUCAUCAGUUACCUUUAGUAUUUGUACCAACAGCGAAUAUUAUUUUUGACAUUUAAAUUAUUAUCCCUAAUAAACCACAAAACCUUUAUCCACGUAUAUCGUGUUUAUGAAGUUAUUAGCGAGAUUUCCAACAGACGUCCGAAAUAAAAUUUAAUCUACUUUAAUUCCCUUAAUAGAUCUUGUGAAAUAUACAUAUAUACAUCAGACACGGAGCCUAUAGUUCACUCCUGGUCACGUGUUCUUACCUCUGACAGUGUAAUCUUCAAGCUCUUAAAAAAGAGAAUGUAAAUGAAAUCUCCAAAGUGUGCUUCAGUAGUAGUAGUUCAUAAAGUAUGUGUUUAAAGUAUGCAGUAUAGCUAUCUACCUAAUUGUUAGUUUUGAGUGAUGAAGAGCUGUGGAGCUUGUGAAGCUUGGUUGAUUCUGAUCAGAGUUUAAUAUUGAGGUCAACCGCCUGUGACUGUUAGCUUCAGCAGGUGGCUGAGCAAAACAUCAUCACAUAAGGAACAUGUUUAAAUGAAAACAAGCUUGAAGCUAGUUAUAAAAAAUUAAAUGUAAGAGUGUAGAUAUAGCUGUGUAAAUGAUAAGACAGAUUUACAAUAAUAAUGCAAUAAUAACAAUGAGAACUUAUAAGAUAAACUAAGUUUUUUUUUUUUUUUUUUAAACUGCAGAAUCUUCUUACUGUACUCCCUGACAGGCAACUCAUUUCAUGGUAAUCCCAUAAAGAUGUGUAUCUUAACUGAAUUUCAGUGUUAUCGGCACUAUUGAAUUACAUAAAGUCUGUGACCGAAUUAUACACACAUUGCAUGUCGGACUGAAUCUAGUGUGAGACUUGUGUAUGUUCAGCAUCGACUAUGGGAAAUGAUCACUAACUUGAUAAAUUAGUCAAUUUAGUUCUGUUAUAUUUAUAAGAUAAAACAAACUUUUUAUGAAUCCCUCAUUGAGAAAUCACAAUGUGAUGGUAAGAAUAUAACACGUGAAAGGUCAGAUAAAUAAAUAUGACUGUAGUAGUGUCAAUAUAGCAAGAAUACAAAAAGAAUGUUAGCAGUAUGAAAUGUCAGAAAAUGUGCAAAAAUAAAAAUAAAUGUGCUGGUGCAGUAUAUCAGAUCGUCCAUAUUGAAAAAUACAAAUGAGUGACUGCAGCAUGAAACAGACCUAUAUUAAUGGAUAAUGAGAGUUUAUUUAAAAAAAUAAGAGUACCAAUUAAAAAAAAAAAAAAAAUUUAGUGCAAUAAAAAAGGAGCGUCCUCUCACAUUCAGCUGCUUUUAUUUCCAGCAAAUUUCUUAACAUGUGUACAUAUUUGUAUUAACAUACAUAUUUCACAGACAUUUGGGGAACAGAAUUGUAAUAAUGAGUCCCUGAACAAAGGAUGGGUCAAUAUCAAAAGUAACAGUAAGUAUAUGGUGUAGCCACCAGCUGCUUUAAAGUACUACAGUACAUCUCAUCCUCAUGGACUGCACCAGAUUUGUCAGUUCUUGCUGUGAGAUAUUACCCCACUCUUCCACCAAGCCAUUUACAAGUUCUCGAACACGUCUGGGUGGGACGGGGGCAUGUUUAUAUGUAAUUUUCCACUGCAAGGACCAUCAGGUGUCCUUCCUGUCUCCCUGUAUCACGGUCUUAGGCGUCUUACAUUACAGACAUUGCAGUUUAUUGCUCUGGCCACAUCUGCAGUCCUCAUGCCUUCCUGCAGCAGGCCUAUGGCAUGUUCACGCAGGUUUGGCGAGAUGCCUGGUUUACAAGAUGGUUCAGAUGCCGUUCCUCAAUCCAUGAUGGCAGCUCUUGAACUGUUCUGUAACUUACCAGAGCAAUCAUAUGAGCACUUCCUGUCCACCUUCACACACCUGAGCACAGAGAAUGUGACUGCUGGGUGUUUGAAAGUUCCUGAAGAAGAAAACAAAACUGAUCUUGUAGAGCUGGACAGAAGAGACGACGUGAACGUGGACAGAAAGGUUGACGCAGAGGAUGAGACUGAAUACUUUCAUAACACAGAAGAUGUGUGUGUGCUUCCUGGUGAGGUUGAGGAAGAUUUGCCAGCCCACACUCCUGUUUUCUGUCACCGCACACAGCUUGAGCUCUCCUCUACUGAUAUGGACUAUAGGGGACCCACUCGACCCAGCAAUACAGACAGUCAGAGUGAAACUGAGGAGGUUGUGCCUUUCAGUCUGGAUGACACCUUCGAUUAUGACAAUGUUGCACUGUCUCACAAGUAUCCUGUCAAAUCCAGCAACUGUGGAUCAUCAUGACUUCACACUGAACUGUGGCAAAUCUUUCCCGGAUGUCCUUUUUUUUAAAGAAAAGUUCCCAACAACCAUACAGCCUAUAAAUGGAAGCAGUUGAGGUUUAAAGUGUUGCUGCCUUAAUCCUGUGUAUUAGCACAGGGCAUUUUCAACAAAAACCAUCUGUGCAUAAAAAGGCCCAGGGCACUGCAAACAACCAGAGAACAACAGCAACGUCACAUGUCUGUAUACGAGAAACUGUAGCUGCUUCUUUGGGCGACCCACUGAGUACACUCUUGGGAGAGCAAUUAAGUACAUGCCAUUACAGGAUGCAUCAUACUGUGCUUUAUUCGCUGGAACAAAACGCUUUAAUAUUUUUUUUCUGUUUUCCCUUUGUAAGCAUUUGAAAACCAGAUUAAAAGCCAUGUAUUUUA